AGAGGCAGAAUAUAGUGUGGGAAUCAAGACCAGUACACAUAGUUUUAUAAUGGCAGUCUUCAGAUGUCGAUACAAACUAAAACCUAAAGUAGUGGCCAUAAGUUCCUUCCUUUGCAUUGCUCUGACUGUACAUUACUUCAUUUCGUCCAAGUUUAGGACUAAAAGCCAAACCAAUUCCUUUGGAAGGAAGUCUUACUCUAGAGUUUAUAUGUCUAGUGAUGCUGAAAAUCCGAAUCAACAAUUUGAGGUUUGUAGGAUACACCAGCUACCACUUUACAGCCGAGAAAUCGAACAUGCUAUUCAACCAAUGGAUAAACCUCUUGUAUGCAAUGGAACCAACCUGUUUUAUUUUAAAGACAAUAUUUUAUCAAUAAAUACGAGUGUCUUGUACCCGAUUCAUAAUACCAUAGAUUUGUACGAAUUUAAAUCUAGAAAGUUGGAAAAUAAACCAGUUAUAAAAGCAUGUGAAUAUAGAGGAAUAGAAAGAGUGACAGAUUCAUUUUUCACAUACACGGAGAGUAUCAUCAAAGAAAAGGAACCAUUUAACUUCCUAAUCAAGCAUGACUUUGUACGAGUGAAGUGUCUGUUAAAUUCCACUGUCAAUUUAAUCAACGCAGAUGAGAACGAGACUGAAAAAAAUGUUGACAGUGACGGCUCUUAUAACGAAGCUGACGAGAGGAUCGAAUCGGAAAGGAACAUCUUUGAGGAGUAUCUCGUAGAUUUUGACCAGUUUUUAGUCCAAGUUUAUCCUCGAGAGGAGGUUUUUAAAAGAGCCUCCGCCUUGCCAGAUUCACUCGGUUCGGAUCAGAUGAAUGUGAUGCUGAUUAUUUUGGAUUCUAUGUCUCACAUGUCAUUCCGUAGAAAACUGCCAAAAACUUACAGCUUUUUAAAGAAAAAUUUAGCAUCAACAAUUCUGAAUGCAUAUAAUAUUGUUGGUGAUGCUACUCUAGCAGCAUUGAUACCAAUUUUAACAGGUAAAACAGAACUUGAGUUACCUGAAGUUAGAAAAAGCCAGGAAGACUCUUAUUACAUGGACAUUUAUCCAAUGAUUUGGAAGGAGUUUAAGAAAAAGGGAUAUGUCACCAUGUUUGCUGAGGACGAACCUUCAAUUAGUGCUUUUAACCUUAGAUUAAAUGGUUUUAAGGAAUCCCCAGUGGACCACUAUAUGAGACCAUUUUGGCAGGCCAUCUGGGACUCUGAAGUCCGAGAAAGGAGCAAAAGAUAUUGCACAGGUGGUACGCCACAUCAUAAGUUUUUAUUAGAAUACCUGAAAGACUUCUAUGUGAAAUAUCAGAAUAUUUCCAAGUUUUCCCUGACAUUUUUGGCCGAAUUGACUCAUUGGGAUAAUAACCCAGGAGAAUAUUUAGAUAUGGAUUUUGUGAAAUCGCUGAAAAUGUUCAGCAAGUUGGGAUUUCUGGACAAUACUCUAUUGAUUGUGAUGGGGGACCAUGGUGCUAGAUAUGGAAAGAUCAGACGUACAUUACAAGGGAAAAUAGAAGAGAGGCUGCCCUUCAUGAGUCUUCAUUUUCCUCAUCAAUUUAAACUUAAACAUCCUCAUUUGAUUAAACUUCUUUCAAAAAAUGCAAAUCGACUGACAACACCUUUUGAUGUUCAUGAAACACUUAGGGAUGUCAUUGACUUGUCAAGGUUGUAUAAACCUGUGAUACCUAGCAGAGGAAUUAGUCUCCUUCAGGAGAUUCCGGCCAAUCGUAAUUGUGCGUCUGCUCAUAUUGACCUACAUUGGUGUUCAUGUUUAGUGCAAAGUAAGGUGGACGCAAACAGUGAUAAUAUAAAAGUCAUGGCAGAUGAACUUCUUCAUUAUAUCAAUGAUUUGACACUGCCAUUGAGGGACUCAUGUCAUGAGCUUUCAAUUCUUAAAAUAAAAUCUGCAAAUUUAAUUAGUCCUAAUGAAAAGGUUUUGAAAUUUUUGAAAACAGUGGAUGCGGAUCAGAGAGUGGCCAACUUUAGUUCGGAAAUAAAUGUAGAUGUAGCACAUUACCAAAUAACCAUGGAAACACUUCCAAACUAUGCACAAUACGAGGGCACAGUGACAAAGAACUUGAAAGACAACAAAUAUGAAGUUUUCCGCAGCGUCAGUAGGUUAGAUCACUAUGGCAACCAGUCUGCCUGUGUGAUGAAACAGUAUCCAGAUCUCAGAAAAUUUUGUCACUGCAGAUGAUAUUCAUUGAGUUUUGAUAAACUGUUCUCACAUAUCAUGGAUACAAAAUCAGGUUAGAUGUGUUCUUAAGGUGGGUUAACAGGUAACUGACCAUGGUUAGUGAACGAAACUCCUGAAUGUAUACUUCCAGGAAUGCAGGCAGCAGUUACUGGCCUUUGAAAUUUUAGGGUUAUUAAUUAAUUUGAGAUUCGGGACAUAUAGUUUUUAGCUCACCUGAGCUGAAAGCUCAAUUGAGCUUUUCUGAUCACAUUUUGUCUGUAGUCCGUCUGUCUGUCUGUCCAUCCGUCCAUCUGUAAACUUUUCAUAUUUUCAGCUUCCUCUCCAGAACCACUGGGCCAAUUUCAACCAAACUUGCCACAAAACAUCCUUGGGUGAAGGGGAUUCAAGUUUAUUCAUAUGAAAAGCCACACCCGCAUUUGAGGGAAAAUAAUUCAGAAAUAGUGGAAAUUUGGUGGCAUAUUUUAAAAACCUUCUUCUCCAGAACCACUGGCCCCAAAAAGUUGAAACUUACAGGAAACCUUUAUUACAUAGUGAAGAUUCAAGUUUUUUCAAACCAUGACUCCUAGGGGUAGGGUGGGGCCACAAUGGGGGAUCAAAGUUUUACAAAUUUUACGAAGUAUGUAGGAAAAAAAUCUUUAAAAAUUGUCUUCUCAAGAACAGCAAAGCCAUGUUUAGUCAUAUUGAUACAUGUAUGGAAGCAUCCUCAGGUAGUGUAGAUUCAAAUUUGUUCACAUCAUGACCCCUGGAGGUAGGGUGGGGCCACAGUUUUACAUAGAAGUAUACUAGUGUAGGAAAAAAUCUUUAAAAAUCUUCUUCUCAAGAAUAGCAAAGUCUUGUUUCAUCAUAUUGAUAUGUAAGCUUCCUCAAGUAUUGUACAUUCAAGUUUGUUCAAAUGAUGUGAUGACCCCCGGGGUCAGGGUGGGGCCACAAUGGGGGAUCAAAGUUUUACUUAGAAGUAUAUAGGAAAACAUCUUUAAAAAUCUUCUUCUCAAGAACAGCAAAGCCAUGUUUAGUCAUAUGAUAUGGCAGCAUUCUCAGGUAUUGUAAAUUCAAGUUUGUUCAAAUCAUGACCCCUGGGGGUAGGGUGGGGCCAAAAUGGGGGAUCAAAGUUUUACAUAGGAAUAUGUAGGAAAAAAUCUAUUUCUCAAGAAUAGCAAAGCCAUGUUUAGUCAUUUAAACAAUAAAAUGCUUUCUUUGGUUGUUAGUACGGGAAAUAAUGUUGCAGCUGUUGCAGAAAAAAUACAUAACCCGCAUGAGCGAGUUAUGUAAUUUUUUUCUGCAAUAGCUGCGACAUUAAUUCCUGUACUAACAAUGAAAGAAAGACAUUUUAUUGUUUAUAUUAAUAUCUGCAUAAUAAAACAUUCAAAGAAAAAUCAAAUAUGUUAAAUAUUGUAUUAUAGAUGUGAAUGUCAUUGUAUGCAUAAUUAAUGAAACAGCCUUUGCUCAAGAAAUCUAUGCAGGUGGCUAGCUUAGUGUUGUUUACUGACUGAUGAACAGCAAUGGUUUUCAUAAGAAAUAAAGGAAAUAAUAUUCAGUGGAUGUAAAUAUAUUGAUGUGGAAGCAUCUUCAGGUAGUGUAGAUUCAAGUUUGUUCAAAUGCUGACCCCAGGGGGUAGAGAGGGGCCACAAAGGGGUAUCAAAUUUUACAAAGGAAUGUAGAGGAAAAAAUCUUUAAAAAUCUUCUGGUCAAGAACAGCAAAGUCAUUUGUUAUAUUUAUAUGGAAGCAUCCUCAGGUAGUUUAAAAUUCAAGCCCCCCUCCCACCUACCCCCAGUUUACUUUUCAAAACUGAACUGAUUUGUGCUUUUCCUAGCCAAUGUGCUCAGGUGAGGGAUGUGGCCCAUGGGCCUCUUAGUCUGUCCACCUGUCUGUCUGUUUUCAUCAAAAUCUUUAACCUUGGUAAUAACCUUUGAACUGUUAGUUCUAGGGCUUUCAUAUUUCACAUGUAUAUUCUUUGUGACAAGACCUUUCUUUGGGUACCAAUAUUUUUUAUCUCAUGACCUUGACCUUGGAAGUUUUACCUACUUUUGUAAAACAUUAACCUUGGCCAUAACUUUAGAAUGAUUAAUACUAGAGCUUUCAUAUUGUACUCGUAUAUUCCUUGUGAUAAGACCUUUUCUUGGUUAUCAACAUUUUUGACUUAAUGACCUUGAACUUGAUGUUUGACAUGCUUUGAAAAACUUGAACCUUGGCUAUAAGCUGCUAUAUGGGGACAUCAGUGUUUCUUAAACACAUUUUGUUAAAACAUUUUUCUUUGUUAUGUGAUAUUUUUAUAAGAAAUUUUGUCAAUGAAUGUAAAUAUUUCAUUGCCUACAGAAUGAUUCAAUCUCGUGAACCUUCUGUUUAAUUUAGCCAUGUGACUGCUCAUGUGUGAAUCUUUUAAAUUAUUUUUCUUGUUUUCUCAUUUCUAGAUGUCAUUUUUCUCAGUAAUUUGACUCCAUGAUUAAGUUCCUUUUUUAUAAACAUGUAUAUAUUUACAAUUGGUGUUUUGUAUCAUUUUAAAUCAACAAUAACAGUAUUGAAUUAUACACUCUU